AGCGCAAGCAAGCUAGCGAGCCAUGGACGUCGAGAGAGCACGGCUUCUCAGCUUGGCGUUGGAGUUGGGAUUCGAAGAGGAAGCUGCCACUCGGUGCUUAGAUCGCCUCAUCGAUCUCUAUGGAGAGGACGGCAAAGAUUUUGUCACUGUGGAGCACUGUGGUGAUGAUUAUCUUGCUGCAUUGGCUGAUGCCAUGCAAGAUACUGAGGAUUGGGAUGAUUUGCAAGCAAUUGAAUCUGAAGCAUGUGGUGCUUUGAAUAAUAUUCUGGAAAAGGAGGGUCCUCAAGGUUUUGAAAAAGAUUGCAGGAUUGCCUUGGGAGGUUAUGGAUUUGGAAAAAAUGAUUCAUUCACAAGACACCAAUAUCAAGAGAAACUGGGUUCUUCAAUUAAUUAUGAAGAUUCAGAUGUGGAAAUCUUGAGCCAAAAUGAUAUAUCAAAUGAUCAUUCAGCAAAGCUUAAUGGCAAUGAAGGUCGUGUUCUUCCCCAAUCAGUGGAUAAACCAUUCUCAAAAUCGAAAAAGGCAUGUGGAAGCAACAGUGGGAAUGAACCAUUUUCAGCCUAUUCUGGUGCCGGUGCGUGCUCCAGUUCAUCACAAAUUAGAAAUGAGACUCUGGGAUAUAAUGAGCUGCAGGCAUUGGAUGAUGUUGAAUUGGCAAAUGUUGUGAUCUUUGGCAAUAAAGCAUUUCGACCUCUACAGCAUCAGGCUUGCAAGGCAGCAGUUGAAAAAAGAGAUUGCUUUGUUCUUAUGCCCACUGGGGGCGGUAAAAGUCUAUGCUACCAGCUCCCAGCAACUCUCCAUCCAGGAGUUACUGUUGUUAUCUGUCCUUUGCUUUCUCUCAUUCAAGAUCAGAUUGUUACACUUAUUAGUAAGUAUGGGAUACCUGCGACAUUUCUGAAUUCUCAGCAAACUACCUCACAAGCAUCUGCAGUCAUCCGAGAAUUGAGACAAAGCAGGCCAUCAUGCAAACUUUUAUACGUGACUCCUGAGCGAGUAGCUGGAAAUGCCUUCUUUCUUGAUAUUUUAAGAAGCCUUCAUCAUAAGGGUCUGUUAGCAAGGUUUGUGGUUGAUGAAGCACAUUGUGUUAGUCAAUGGGGCCAUGAUUUUCGGCCAGAUUAUAGAGUAUUAGGAUGCCUCAGGCAGAAUUUCCCAGAUGUACCUCUGAUGGCAUUAACAGCAACUGCAACUCAGUCUGUCCGAAAGGACAUUCUGAAUACCUUAAGAAUCCCUCAUGCUCUAGUACUUGAGACGAGCUUUGAUAGACCGAAUUUGAAGUAUGAAGUUGUAGCUAAAAGCAAGGAUCCAUUGAAACAACUUGGGCAACUACUGAAAGAUCAUUUCCAUAAUAUGUGUGGUAUUGUUUAUUGUCUUUCAAAAAAUGAAUGUGUGGAUGUCUCUGCUUUCUUAAAUGAUAAAUGUAAGAUAAAGACAGUCUAUUACCAUGCUGGUCUGGCUGCUCGCCAGAGAGUUGAUGUUCAAAAGAAAUGGCAUACUGGUGAGGUUCAGAUUGUUUGUGCUACAAUUGCCUUUGGAAUGGGAAUUGACAAAGCAGAUGUUCGUUUUGUCAUACAUAAUACGAUGUCCAAAUCGAUCGAAAGCUAUUACCAAGAAUCAGGGAGGGCAGGAAGGGAUAAUCUUCCUGCAUCCUGCAUUGCUCUUUACCAGAAGAAAGAUUUCAGUCGGGUUGUGUGCAUGUUACGGAGUGGACAAGGUUUCAAGAGUGAAAGCUUCAAGGCGGCCAUGGAACAAGCAAAAAGAAUGCAAGAAUACUGUGAACUGAAGACUGAUUGCCGGAGGCAAACACUUCUGAAACAUUUUGGGGAGUCCUUCAAUAGAGAUCGCUGCAGACAUGGUCCCUGUCCAUGUGAUAACUGCUUAAAGCAAUCAGUAUGAUUCUAUCAAUUUCUCUCAGAGUCUUACCAGUUGUAUUCAUCAAUGCUUCAGUGAGCACAGGUCUUCUGCAGAUGCAUAUCGGCUCAUGCUAUCGAUAGACCCUUCAGGGCGGUGACGGCGGAGGUAAUAGCAC